UAACGAGGCCGCGGCGGAGCCGGGGAGAGCCCGGGUUUCGGAGGAGUAGCCAAGGGAGCGAGGAUUGAAUUAAGUAACUACAUCCGGGGUGUGGAGAAAACGAAGAAGUCUUGGAGGAUUUGAUCCAGGAGAGAGGGCCUUGUGCCAUGGCAGAGAAUGGGGAAGAGGAGACGGGGUCAGUAGAGGCCUCAGGGUUCUCAGACUUGAGUGACUCAGAGUUGCUAGAGUAUCUGGACCUGGAAGAUACUCAGGAGUCAAGUGCAUCACUUAGCAAGCCUGGUCCUUCUUCUGAACUCCCUGGGAAGGAUGACAAGCUCACAAGCUUACCAAAAUGGAAAAGAGGAUUGGAUGUCUCAUCACCUAUGGAGCGAUUCCACCUUAAAUAUUUGUAUGUCACUGACUUGUCUACUCAAGACUGGUGUGAACAGCAAAUGGUAUAUGGGAAGGAGCUUCCUGGCUUCUUGGCUCCUGAGAAGGCAGCUGUUUUGGACACCGGUGCCAGCAUCCACCUAGCUAGAGAACUAGAAGUUCAUGAUCUUGUGACUGUCCCCACCACCACUAAAGAAGAUGCUUGGGCAGUUAAGUUUUUGAAUAUAUUAUCAAUGAUUCCUGUCCUGCAGUCAGAAGGACGCAUCAGAGAGUUUCCAGUGUUUGGAGAAGUGGAGGGUGUGCUGCUUGUUGGAGUAAUUGAUGAGCUGCACUAUACCGCCAAGGGGGAACUGGAACUGGCUGAACUUAAGACACGCAGGCGCCCUAUGCUCCCUUUGGAAGCUCAGAAGAAAAAAGACUGUUUUCAAAUCAGCCUGUACAAAUAUAUCUUUGAUGCCAUGGUUCAAGGGAAAGUGACCAGUGCUAGCCUAAUCCACCACACAAAAUUAUGUCCAGACAAGCCACUGGGACCUUCAGUGCUGAGGCAUGCCCGGCAGGGAGGCUUCUCUGUAAAGUCCUUGGGUGACCUCAUGGAGCUAGUCUUCUUGUCUCUAACACUGUCUGACCUCCCAGUUAUUGAUAUCCUAAAGAUAGAGUACAUCCACCAAGAGACUGCCACAGUGCUGGGUACAGAGAUUGUGGCCUUUGAAGAGAAGGAGGUGAGAGGCAAGGUGCAGCACUAUAUGGCCUACUGGAUGGGCCACCGAGAGCCUCAAGGGGUUGAUGUGGAGGAGGCUUGGAAGUGCCGGACAUGCAACUAUGCAGAUAUCUGUGAAUGGAGGAAGGGUGGUGGGGUGCCCAGCUCCAUUCUAGAGCCCCUAGCCAAAAAAGUGAAAUGAACAGAAGGGUGUGCCUUCAGGAACUUUCAGCCUCCCUGCUUCUAAUGUGCUCAGCAGAGGAAAAGAGGACCAAUUUUUGAACUUAGCUUUCAUGGAGAAUAUUCUUAUUUUGGUUCUUUUCAUAUUUCCUCAAACUCUAACCACUCAAGUCAAGACCAAGUUUCAGGGGUGAGUGGGAGGAAUCUGGAGCUAUAGGUCCCUGGAACUUUGCUGUUAAUUGCCAAGAAGACAGUUGCUCAUCAUGGCUGGAGCAAAGGGCAUCCUUCAGCAAUCAUUGCUUUCCUAAGAAGGUCCUAAACUUUCUGUUAAGUCCCUUCCCUGUUUUUUCUUAGUUAACACUUUCUACAUUUUAUAUAAUAAAAUAGAAUGAAAUUCUGUCCAA